AUGUGGUCUCACUGGCCUGACCUGGUGGCCUUCGACGAUUCCUUCCCGGACACGUCAGGUGAUCGUACCCGUACUAAACUCUUUUUUGGAUUUUUUGGUGGUGAUGGAGUAAGUUCUUGCUGUCUACCAGGCAUAGGUCCCCCCACUUUCAAUCCUUCUCUUGGAAACGGUGAUGGAGAUGACAUCCCCUUUCUGGGAACACCUCUUGGUAGAAGAGGAGGCUGUUGUCCAGAUUGAAGCCCCUUCUCCUUAGAACUUUUUCCCGAUAGCGAUAGCGAAGACGGUUGCUCGCCUUUGAGACUUCCUUCUCCUCGACCAACAGAGCGCUGCUGUCCGGGUAAGGAUCCUUUUUCUCUUGAACUCUUCGUUAACCUAGGUAAUGGGGGCGGCUUUUCUUUAUCGGGAACCUUCUUUUCUUUACUGAUGGAAUGUUGUUGGUCAGAUGGAGUUUGUUUUGGCCCGAGUCUUUUUUGCGUCCGUUGGGUUUUUGCUGAUCUCAUCGAUGACGUCAAUGGAUUUUCAGUUGUCUUUUCUACAGCAGUACCCUUUCGUUGCUUUGAUGAUGAAUCAACAUCCGGUGAUUUUGUCGGGAUUCCCUCUGCAGAAGCAGUUGAGAAAUCCGGUGAGCCAUCCUUUUGA